AUGCCGGCCGCCGAACCCCCUAUUGUGUCUACUGAAUCCGGUCUUGUCAAGAUGGACGACCGGAAGCGACCCGCUGCGGACAGCAAUGACUCAGCCCCGCCAUCAAAGAAGCAGGCCACCGCUGUUAAUGGUGGGAGCAAGCCUCACCCCGAUGCUGAUAUGCCCUGGAAAGACGACUUGGAGCGAUUUCAAAAAGAUGCGAUUUUGCGUCAGAUGCAAGAAUACAAACGGGAGAAGUCUUCUUUAGAGUCGCGAGUGAGCCAAAUGUCAAAAGCAGCUGCAGACCAUAAUGAUCGCCUCCGUAUCAUCGACUCCUGGUUUCGUCAGUUUCUCGAUGAAAUUAAAGUGCUCAUCGGACCUUCAAAUGAUUCAGUCAAGGACCACGCAUUCAAAAGUUCUCUGCAGUUCGAAGAUAAUGACGCUUUUGAGACUCACUUGAAGUCCCGCUCCGAUGACAUUCGCGAAAUUAUUAAACAGUUCCAAUCGACGGUGGCCAAGGUCUCUCCAGAUGUCGCAGAUCUCCAAAGCCAAUUGGCCAAGAAGCUCGCAGAGGAGAAAACUUUAAUCGCCGAUUAUGAGAAGACCUUGGCUGACAAGCAGCAACUUGAAGAGAGCCUGGAAACGGCCUCACUCCGAUACAUGAUGGCUGAAAAGAAACUGGACCGUGCGAGGAGUUUAACUGCGGCCAAGCUCGAAAAGGGAUACAUUAUGGGUAGUCAACGACCUGGCUCCGAUGGUGCGCAAGCAAAGCGCGAGGAGUCAUCUCCUGCUAAUGGUGGAACCCCUGCUGGAGACCGAAGUGUUGAGCUAGAGGAAUCCAAUAAUCAACUUACAGUCGUGUCUGAAAAGCAGAAGGAACAGUUGCAGAAGUUGGAGACUGAGAAUGCAAAUUUGCUUACUCAGAUCACUGAGGUCAAGACAAAGUAUUCCAAGUUGACCGACGACGAUUAUGCGCAAACCGAUCUUUUUAAACAACUUCGCUCCCAAUAUGACGAUGUGGUGAAACGCAUAAAUCACCUAGAAGCGACGAAUAUACAAUUACGCGAGGAGGCCGAGAAGCUACGUUCGGAAAGGACCUCAUACAAAACACAAGUUGAGGACGAGGCGCGCAGCACAAUGGCCGAGAAGGACAAUCAAUUAGUACGGGCAGAAACUGACCUUGCCCGGAUACGUAACGUUCGUGAUGAGAUUUUGGCCGACUUGCAGAUGCGAAAGGCUAGCCAAGAUCAAGAAAAAACGACCAGUUCCAAGUUACAGGAGCUUGCAGAUGCUCGGGAGGCUCGGAUUACUGCUUUGGAAUCAGAGACAGAGAGACUGCGGUUACAGGUCGAGGGGUCAAAGGCAUCCGAGAGCGUGGAGGACAUGUCAUUCGAAGUUCUCCGAGCCAAAUACACUAGCCUGGAGCGCCAGUAUUCCAUGCUUAACACCGAGCUGAGCUCGAUGCAGAUGGCAUACAAGAAGUUCUCUACCCUGGCUUCUCAGAAAGUUAUCGAUUUUGGUGCUCUGGAAGAGAAGGUUUCACGAUUGACAGCAGAGAAGUCCAAGGCAGAUCAGAAGUACUUUGCAGCGAUGAAGAGCAAGGAAGCUCGUGAAAUCGAAGUCCGCACACUUCGAGUACAGAACUCGAAGACCUCGGAUAUUGUGGCGCAGCUGAAGGAUUCGGAAGCUACUACUCGAUCUUUGCUUUCCAACAUGGAAAAGCAAGCCAGCGAGACCAAGGAAGCCCUGAAUUCUACCCAAGAGAAGCACCGAUCUACUCAGCAACAAUUGACGGAGAGCGUUAUUGUGAUCGAGGGAUUGAAACGCCAGAUUUCAGAACUUAAAGCCCUUUCAACCUCGAAGGAUUCGACUUUGGGAACCACUUCUUCUGCUUUGCGAAAAGCAGAAACGGAAAUAGUCAGCCUGAAGCAGAGUCUUGCAGAUACCAAGAAGAGCCUCGAGGGCUGGAAGGGUAAGACUCUGGGCAAUAAUGAAUCCGAAUAUGAAAUGUUGCGGGCACUUGCCCUGUGCACGGUCUGCCGCCGCAACUUCAAGAACACCGCGAUCAAGACCUGUGGUCAUGUCUUCUGCAACGAGUGUGUAGAAGAGCGAGUGUCCUCUCGUUCUCGAAAGUGUCCCAACUGCAACAAAUCCUUCGGAAGCAACGACUAUAUGCACGUUACUAUGUGA